CUUAAUGAAUUACGCUUGGUUAAUGCCGGGAUAUCGAUUGAUGACCUUGAAGUGAACACUGGCCUCUUUUGUCAUUGAUGGUCUCAUCUGGGUUGAGUCGGGUAUUUCAGGGCUGUGAUCGGAAUUCUCACGACAACGAAAGCCGGCCCGGUCUUCUUUGGGCUUGGUCCAAAUCCGCAACGCGCGCUUUGCGAAAAGCAACAUGUCGACUCCGCAGAGACUCAAGACGGUUCGCCGCCUACAGACCAUUAUGGGAACGGCGUAUGCCGGCCUGGGCACCUGGUGUCUGUUCCACCCUCAGUCGGUCAUUGCGCUCGGUUUCGCACCCAAAUAUGUCGCCAUGUCGAAUGCCACUACCGAUCUCUUUGCGCGAUGCUUUGGUGCCCAAGCCAUGACAUGCGGCUUGCUCUUGGGCACUUCUGAAAUGACUGCCUGCAGCUUUACCGCGUUCGGCUUAGCCAUGAUACCGUACAUCGGAUGGAACUUUUGGUUCGGUGUCGGCCCAGCCAAGGGCAUGGUCAACAAGUUGAUGUGGUUGGAUUUUGUUGGAAAUAUGUUCUUUAUGGGCGGGUCGCUUUGGUGUGCGAAAGUGCUGAGGGAGUGAGGUUAAUGAUGCGUGGUUGCUGUGUCUCUCGACUCAAUUUCCUUGUCAGAUACGAAUACCUUCGUGACGUGGUUUGGUAAUUACCCCAUCGUCGUCGGGCAACAGACGGAGUGGCGCUGAAACCCCACCAAAGCCACCGCGGAGAGCGCGGGGAAGGUUUGGGGAAGAAACACAAAA